UUCGGCGCCUGCGUACAGAGAGCGUGCGGCUCCGAGGACCGAAAAGGCAGGACAUGACACAAGUGGCACAUCACGGCCAUGGGAUCUCAGCAUUCCACCUGUGGUCACCCCUCCUCCUGCAGGCAAAAGAAAGAAGAUGACAGGGAGGAUUUGCUGGCUGAACGAGAGCAGGAAGAAGCCAUUGCUCAGUUCCCAUAUGUGGAGUUCACCGGGAGAGAUAGCAUCACCUGUCUCACGUGCCAAGGGACAGGCUACAUUCCAACAGAGCAAGUAAAUGAGUUGGUGGCAUUGAUCCCACACAGUGAUCAGAGAUUGCGCCCUCAGAGAACUAAGCAGUAUGUCCUCCUGUCCAUCCUGCUCUGUCUCCUGGCAUCCAGUUUGGUGGUUUUCUUCCUAUUUCCACACUCAGUCCUUGUGGAUGAUGACGGCAUCAAAGUUGUGAAAGUCACAUUUAAUAAACAGGACUCCCUGGUAAUCCUUGCCAUCACGGCCACCCUGAAAAUUAAGAACUCUAACUUCUAUCCCGUGGCAGUGACCAGCCUGUCCAGCCAGAUUCAGUACAUGAACACAGUGGUUGGCACAUAUGUGACUACUAAUGUCUCCCUCAUUCCACCUCGGAGUGAGCAACUGGUGAAUUUUACCGGGAAGGCUGAGAUGGGAGGACCAUUUUCCUACGUGUACUUCUUCUGCACAUUACCGGAUAUCUUGGUGCACAACAUAGUGAUCUUCAUGCGAACUUCAGUGAAGAUUUCAUACAUUGGCCACAUGACCCAGAGCUCCUUGGAGACACAUCACUAUGUGGAUUGUGGAGCAAAUUCCACAGCUGUUUAGCAACUGCUCUCGGUUCUUCCUCAGCAGCACCUGUAGAAGAGAGCACAGCAACUGUUCCCAAGGCCUUAGUUCCGCACCUACCCCAGGUGGUAUAAGCAGAGGAGGAAUUGAUUCUCUUAACUUCCAGCAAACAUCUUCCUGCCACUUAGGAGGAGCCUCCUCUCUACUGUACCAUUUAUGUUUCUCAGAACCAGCAGAAUCACUGCCCAGUGCCUAGCCUGUGCCCAGCAAAUAGUAGGCACUCAAUAAAGGUUUGCAGAAUUUAAUUCACAUCUUUUCAGCUGUUGUUGGGGCAUUUAAAUGGAAAUCAUACCAUGGUUCUAGGUUGUCAAACCAGAGCAACGUGGAGAUAGGACUGUUAGUGCAGCUGCAGACUAUUAUCAGUGUCUCAUCUGUGCAGAAGUGGCAGCAGAGAGGGACCAUCUGAAUACCGAAAAGAAGAAAGCACAGACCUGUUCAAUAUGUGAAUUUCUUUCAUCUGUUCCCAAAUGCUUGGGAGCUUUUAAAAAAGAAAAAAAUGGGUUUUUUUGUUUGUUUUUGUAGAAAGUUGCAAUUGUUUUUACCAAGAGUGUAUGUGAGACUUGACUUACCCUUCAUUCACUGGCUGGAACAUGGAUUGGGGAUUUGAUAGAAAAAUAAACUCUGUUUUUGAUUCA